UUAAAAUAAAGUGUCUUAUUCGAGUCGACUGAUUUGAGAGGAGUUUCACUUCGGCAUGGCAUUAAAAAUUUAUUUGUGUCCCCAAAUGGACUUGGGUACAAUUGGUGAUUAUGUAAUUACUGAUAGGAAGAAGUGGAGUUCUGCGUUUCUGUUGGAACUUUAAACAACGUAGCUGAUUUAAAUAAAGGAUGCCGAAGAACGUCAAACCGUCUGGAAUUCUGGUCGGCGCCAUCGACGAGGGGACCAGCAGUGCCAGGUUUCUAGUGUUCGACGUAAUUCACAGAGAAGUUGUAACGUCACAUCAGAUCGAGAUCAAUAAGUUUUAUCCUCAGGAAGGAUGGGUCGAACAGGAUCCAAAGGAAAUACUGGACGCAGUGGUUACGUGCAUCGAAGAGACGAUGAAAAAGCUGAAGGAUAUGGGUAUAGACAAGGAGGAUAUCAAAACUAUCGGAGUCACAAACCAGAGGGAAACUACGAUAUUGUGGGACAAGAUCACUGGUGAACCGUUGUACAAUGCGAUCGUGUGGCUGGAUAUGAGGACCACGUCGACGAUGGAAUUUCUCUUGGAUACUGUGCAUUACAGGACGAGAAAUAAAAACUACCUGAAGCCACUUUGCGGGCUGCCGCUGUCCCCGUAUUUCAGUGCUCUCAAGAUACGUUGGCUGAUGGAUAAUGUGCCUCGAGUUAAACAAGCUAUUGAAGAAGAUAGAUGCGUCUUCGGAACUGUGGAUACCUGGAUCAUUUGGAAUCUAACUAAAGACCGAUUGCACAUCACCGACGUAUCCAAUGCAUCUCGUACGAUGCUUAUGAAUAUUGAAUCACUGAAGUGGGAUCCUGCAUUAUGUAGCUUCUUUGGAAUCCCACAAGGCAUUCUUCCUAAAAUUCACUCGAGUUCAGAAGUUUAUGGUUACAUCUCCUAUCCCGAAGUUCUGAGUGGAAUUUCCAUAACAUGCGCAGUUGGCGAUCAGCAAGGAGCUCUAAUGGGUCAACUGUGUAUGAAACCAGGCCAAGCAAAGGCAACCUAUGGUACUGGAUGUUUUCUACUUUACAAUACUGGAAACAAGAGAAUUGACUCUACGCAAGGUUUAGUGACCACGGUAGGAUACAAAAUUGGUUCCUUGCCUGCCGUUUACGCCCUGGAAGGCUCUGUUGCUGUCGCUGGAGCUGCAUUGUCCUGGCUUCGAGAUAAUAUAGAAUUGUUAAGCAACAUUAAGCAUUCGCAGUCGCUUGCUGAGCGAGUUAGAUGUUCGGGCGAUGUCUACUUCGUUCCUGCCUUUUCCGGUCUUUAUGCUCCAUAUUGGCAGCAAGAUGCAAGAGGAGUCAUUUGUGGGAUUACCGAAGAAACGCAACAAUAUCAUAUUAUCAGAGCAGCUCUUGAAGCGGUCUGCUUCCAAACGAGAGAUAUUCUGGAAGCAAUGGUUAAGGAUUCUGGAACGACCUUGACGGCUUUACAAGUGGAUGGCGGUAUGACUGUGAAUGACUUAUUAAUGCAGUUGCAAUCAGACUUGACAGGAAUCACUGUCGUAAGGCCCGAUAUGGUUGAAACGACAGCUUUCGGAGCUGCACUUUUGGCUGCCAUAGGAGCGGGCUUGAUGGACGUUAAUCAUGUUACCGCUGAUCAAGUUACAACGUUUGUGCCACAGAUUGGAAACGAGGAAAGGGAUCGUCGAUAUUCUAAAUGGAAAAUGGCGGUUGAAAGAUCGUUGAAUUGGGACACCUUGUCGAAUCAACUGGAUGAAAAUUGAAGUUAACUUUUAGACAUUUGUUUCAUAUUGGCGAAUGUGCAAUCAUGUCUAUGUCUUGGAAGAGCUUGUAAAGUGAAACACUUCGAGAAAUUUACUCGACGACGGUAAAAAAUUUUCUUCUAAAUACCUACGUUGCAGACUUUCGUAUUUAUAUUGAAAGCUGUGUCGAAUUGUAUUGGGUUUUCUACUAAAUGGCGUACUCCAUUUGUUGUUUCCCUGCAAUAAUUAUACAGAAAUGGAAGUAAAACUCCAGAAAUCUCCUGGAUUCAUGCUGUUUGAUGCCUUAAUUGACUGCAGAGUGGUACCCUGCGCCAUCUGUGAUCUCAGUGGCAACUACAUUGUCUAUCCUAGACCUCUUGUUACCUUCUUUUUAACAUAGAAGCACAAAAAACACCUUUUUUUGCCUUUAUCUUAUUCAAAUACGAGUUUCUCGAUUAUUAUAAUGCUCUAAAUUGCUAUACAAUUGUCCUAACACUUUCGUUCCUCGUAUCAGAGCCAUCAACAAUUGUAUAUCGAUGGAAAUAUGACCGCUCAAUGCCAUUUUGAUUUUGGUCUAGGCUAAGUCAAACAUUUCUUUCCGAAAAUCCAAAUUUUGAAUGUGUCAGAAUAGUUCUUAGGUGUUAGCGAGUCAUGUGUUAAAGUUUGUUAGAUCGGUCCAAUAGCCUUAAAAAAAGUGUUUUAUUCUAAUCAACUGUUUGAGGGGGUUUCAUUUCACCUUAAGCUGAAACGACAUAUGGAGUAUGCCAUUUAGUAACAAAACCCAAUAUAAUUCCACACGUCUGUCAAUACAAUCUACGAACGUCGGCAAGGCAGGUAUUCAGGAGAAUCUUUUUAUCGACGUCGAUGAAAUUUCUCGACGUCUUUCACUUCACCUUAAGAAGCUGUAAGAAGAUAAUGCCGAGUUAUAUCGUUAAUCUGGCUCGGCAGAUGAACGUUGAAGACAAUUAUCCUAAAGCUUAAAUAGAAACAGUGUUAGAGAAAGGAAUCAUUGAAACAUUGAUCUAGUAAGAGGUAAACAAAUAUUUAUUUACAUAAAACUAUAGUCAACGAUAGUGAAUUAUUAUGCUUUAAUGCAUUAAACGAAACUACAUACUAGUGUUUUAACUGUAUCACAAUUCGGGCUGUAAACGUGGGCCUGUAAACGAGUUUACUGUUCCUUUGAAGUCAGUCCUCUCUUGAAAAAUUUACGCUGAGUCUGAGGUGUCUUCUUGAUACUCUAAACACAAUGAAAACCGAUAAAGCAGAUGAUAAGGAAGUGUUCUUAAUAAGUAUUGCAAAGUAAAUGUUUUAAACAAUUUGUUAAUUCGUGAGUAGACCCGUGUCUGUGUUCAUGCUCUGGGUACAAAGUCUUAGGCGUGUUAAUAAUGAAUAUUUCUGUAAUGUACCUGUUACAUAGAGCUACUGUUAUCUAACGUAAAAUGUUGUUUAAUGCAAAUGAUGCGAGGCAUCUAUUUUUGAUAAUGUAAUGUUCCUCUACACGCGUCGACCGGGUGUCUGAAAAUAUAUUUCUACUCUAUCCUA